AUGACAGAGAAUUCACAGCAAUUCAGUACGAGGGAGGAUGUCCCAAUACGCAAGGUGAAUGAGGUAGAGACAUCCUCUAUCCAGCAGCAGCUAACUGAGUCGACUUCUUUUGUUAGGCAAUUGGCUGUAGGAAAUGCAUCACAGGCCAAGGUGUAUGGGAUUUACACUGGUAUGGGUCACUCUAUAGACAUGUGUCCAAUGAUGCAAGAGGAGGGUGCAGAGCAAGUGAACAUGGCAGGUCACGCGCCCGCGCCAAGACGGUCCUAUGACCCCUAUUCAAGUACCUACAACCCUGGUUGGAGGGACCACCCUAACCUCAGCUAUGGAGGGAACAGGCAGACUAAUUUCGUGCCAAAUAAGCAACCAGGGUACCAGCAGCAACACCAAUCCCGACCACCUCCGCCCCCGAGCUCUGGUCCAUCUUUGGAGGAGAUGAUGAAGCAACUACUUGCUAAUCAACAAAAGACGGACUCCGAGAGGCAGAACAUAAGAAAUCAGAUGAAUCAAAUGGCCAAAACAAUCAACCGCUUGGAGUCCCAAGUGCAAGGUAAAUUGCCGUCUCAGCCUGAAUUGAACCCAAAAAAUGUAAGCGCGAUGACCCUAAGGAGCGGGAAGGAAAUUCUGGGACCUGAGCCUGUGAUCCCUAAGGACAAAGAUGAGAAAAAGAUCGAAAAUGAGAUUGAGAGGGAGAACAGCAAUGGUGCAGAUCAAAAGGUACUUCCAGACCCAAUAAUUACAGUUAAAACUAACCCGCCCCCUUUCCCUAGCAGGCUGGAAAAAUCGAAGAAGCGGGAUAAGGAGAAGGAGAUCCUGGAGGUGUUUCGCAAGGUAGAGAUUAAUAUCCCCCUCUUAGACGCAAUCAAACAAGUACCGAAAUAUGCCAAAUUCGUAAGGGACUUGUGUGUCAACCGAAGGCGGUUGUGGGGAGAUGAAAGGGUCAUUGUUGGGAAAAAUGUGUCAGCAGUCCUGCAGAGAAAGUUUCCACCAAAGUGCGGGGAUCCAGGUAUGUUUACUAUUCCCUGUAGGAUAGGCAACACUGUGAUUAGAAGGGCCAUGUUGGAUUUGGGAGUAUCAAUUAAUAUCAUGCCUAAAUCUAUCUAUGCUCCUCUAAAACUAGGUCCAUUAAAAGAAACUGAGAUAAUCAUUCAAUUAGUUGACCGAACUAAUACAUAUCCUGAUGGGUUGGUUGAAGAUGUGUUGGUAAAAGUUAAUGAUUUGGUGUUUCCAGCUGAUUUUUAUGUACUUGAUAUGGAUGAUGAUCACUCACCCGAUCCCUCACAUUUGUUAUUAGGUAGACCCUUUAUGAGCACAGCACAAACGAAAAUUGAUGUUAAUAAGGGUACCUUGUCCAUGGAGUUUGAUGGAAAAAUUGUGCAUUUUAAUAUUUUUGAUACUAUGAAAUACCCCUCAAACUCCAACUUUAGCUCCGUUUUCUCUGUGAGUGCUAUUGACCUUGCGGUGCAGGAAGUGUUUGAAACCGUUGGCAAGGAUGAGUUAGAAGUUGCUUUAACCAAGCACCUCGAGUUGGAGACAACUCCUGAGGUGGAGUAG